AUGCAGCAUUCUGGUAAAGAUAGUGCAUUACACCACACCGGACAACCGUGUCACGUUACCGUCAAUAUUUCUAGGAUGUCUUACAAUCAGCACCACCCCAGGAAUACUAGUAAUCCUAUCAUGUACUUUGUUCCUAGUCCAAGAUAUCCGUCUGAUGGGUACGAGGCGGAAUACUUGGCAAGGGAUGGCGCUAUGACGCCAGGUAUGGACCGAUAUGGGGCAAGGACGCCCAACAGAGGUCGAGAGUCACCUCUAAGGCGAGCCAACUCACAGAUGUACCGACCACUGUCGAGGUCAGCAUCUCGGCAGGACUUCGGAACACAGGCCUACAGAAAGUAUUUGGAUUAUUUGAAACAGACGGACCCAAAUCAGGACAUGCGACACAAAGCCUACGCCUCGUAUACCCCAGGACCGUGUCCUCGUCCUCCUCCAAUAGAGAGGGGGGCAACGUUUGCCGGUUUUGGCGCAGAAGACAUGGAUCCUUUUACCAAGCAGUAUUACAACAGAUUAUGGAAUUCCCGUGUUCCGUCAACAAACGUAAAUCUUAACAGAAUGGGUAGAGCGGGAGGCCGCUGGAGACAUAUAGAAUCGUGUGUGGCUAACACAGGAAGUAAUUUAGCUUUUAUUGAAGGGACCGUCAAGCAGGUUGACAAUGUGUUAACAGAUCCGAUGAGAGUAAAUCCCUCUAGGAUGCCGAAGUAUGGUCAGCCCAGGCCGUUAGGACGUGCCCCAUCGCCCGGUCGCAAGUAUUCCAAGGACACCGCUUACAAUCAAAAAGCCAAGAAUGGAUUCAAAUACUGGUAUCAAGAACAGAAACCGAUUGACCUGGCAUCCCGUUUUCGCCUGAAGGCCAGACAAGUCGGGCUUGGAUACUAGGAUGUUGACAAACAUCAGUCACUGAUAUGUUGACAAGUGGCUAACAUACUGAGAUGUUAUCAAGCAUCUGUGAUAAUUCGACAUGGACUUUAUUACACUGUGAUAACAUAGGUACACAACCAUGUGACGGAAAACAAACGAGAC